CAAAGCACAAGCUGGCGGCAACCGCAGCCCCCGAGCUGAGGGGCGGGGCCGGGGGCGGGGCCGCGGCCCGGUUCGCGGACUCCUGGUGGCCAUGGUAACGCGUCAACACCCAGGGCCUGGGUGCCGGCGGCAGAAGCGGCGGCUGAGAUGCCGUUAAGCACAGCUGGCCUCUUGAGCGCCUCUUCUGACACUUCGGAGCCGUCCAGGAAUAGGGCUCGCUAUCGGACCAAAGCUGUGAACUCUGAGGUGGACGAGAGCCUCUUCGGAUGUAUCAAGCCUCUGACCCAGGCAGAGAAUGACAGCCCCAUCGUGCUGCUCCGAGAUAAGCACACCCUCCGGAAAACUCUCACUGCCAUGGGCUUGGACCACAAGCCAGAGACCAUUCAGCUCAUCACCCGGGACAUGGUCCGAGAGCUCAUUGUUCCCACAGAGGAUCCCUCAGGGCAGUCGCUAAUCAUCAGCCCAGAGGAGCUGGAGCGAAUCAAAUGGGCAUCUCACGUCCUGACCAGGGAAGAGCUCGAGGCCAGGGAGCAGGCCUUCAGGAAGGAGAAGGAAGCCGUUUUGGACGCAGUGACCACGCGCAAGAAGAUCAUGAAGCAGAAGGAGAUGGUGUGCAGGAACAACAAGAAGCUCAGUGACCUGGAGGAGGUGGCCAAGGAGCGGGCCCAGAACCUGCUGCAGAGAGCCAACAAGCUGCGGAUGGAGCAGGAGGAGGAGCUCAAGCACAUGAACAAGAUCAUCCUCAAUGCCAAGUGCCACGCCAUCCGGGAUGCCCAGGUCUUGGAGAAGCAGCAGAUACAAAAAGAAUUGGAUGCAGAAGAGAAGCGAUUGGAUCAGAUGAUGGAAGUGGAGCGGCAGAAAUCUAUUCAAAGGCAGGAGGAACUGGACCGGAAGAGGAGAGAGGAACGAAUCCGAGGAAGACGGCAUAUCGUGGAGCAGAUGGAAAAGAACCAAGAGGAGCGGUCGCUGCUAGCCGAGCAGCGGGAGCAGGAGAAGGAGCAGAUGCUGGAGUACAUGGAACAGCUCCAAGAGGAGGAUCUGAGGGACCUGGAGCGGAGGCACCAGCAAAAACUGAAGAUGCAAGCCGAGAUUAAGCGCAUCAACGAUGAAAAUCAGAAGCAGAAAGCAGAGCUGCUGGCUCAGGAGAGGCUGGCGGACCAGAUGGUGAUGGAGUUUACCAAGAAGAAGAUGGCACGAGAAGCAGAGUUUGAGGCCGAGCAGGAGAGAAUCCGGAGGGAGAAAGAGAAGGAGAUCACCCGUCUGAGGGCCAUGCAGGAGAAGGCCCAGGAUUACCAGGCGGAACAGGAUGCCUUGCGGGCCAAGCGCAACCAGGAGGUUGCAGACCGAGAGUGGCGCAAAAAGGAAAAGGAAAAUGCGCAGAAGAAGAUAGAGACAGAGGCCACGCUGCGGAAAACUCGACUGGAGCAGGUGGCUUUCAAGGAGCACACCCUGGCGGUCCAGGUGCAGCGGGACCGAGACGAGUUCGAGAGGAUUCUUCGGGCUCAGAGAGAGCAGAUCGAGAAGGAGCGUCUGGAGGAGGAGAAGAAGGCCACGGGGCGCUUACAGCAUGCCAACGAGCUCCGGCGCCAGGUGCGCGAGAACCAGCAGAAGCAGGUGCAGAGCCGCAUCGCCACCUUCGAGGAGGGCCGGCGCCUCAAAGAGGAGGCGCAGAAGCGGCGUGAGCGCAUUGAGGACAUCAAGAAGAAGAAACUGGAAGAGCUGAGAGCCACGGGCCUUCCUGAGAAGUACUGCAUUGAAGCUGAACGCAAGGCUAACAUCCUGCCGGCUACCUCUGUGAACUGAGUGGGAGCCUCCAUCGCGGGGCAGAUUCUGCCCUGUCUCUGGGUGUCCACAAUUGCUGCUAACCUAGACAUUUCACAGUUACAGAUUAAAUCUAUUCUACUUCUCUA